CACAUUUCUGAUUUGGAUCAAUUCAAUAAGAUUAAUUGCAAUAAUUAUAAAAUAAAUUUUUUAAAAUGAGCAGCGAUUGGGACGAGAUAAAACGCUUAGCCGCCGAUUUCCAGAAGGCACAGCUAACGUCCACGCUGCAAAAGCUCUCGGAGCGGAAUUGCAUUGAAAUAGUUACGUUGCUGCUGGAAAAGCAGCUGCUGGAUGUUGUUUUUACAAAUGACGGAAAGGAGUACAUAACACCGGAACAUCUUGAACGCGAAAUCCAAGAUGAGCUGUAUGCAAAUGGAGGUCGGGCCAAUCUUGUGGAGGUCAGCAAAACUCUUAACGUGGAUCUUUCACGGAUUGAAGCGGUGGCGGAGCGCAUUGCAGCAGAGAAUCCACAGAUUCACCUGAUGUUGGGACAGCUUAUCGAUGAGGACUACAUCACGCAUAUUGCACAGGAGAUCAAUGAAAAACUGUCGCAACGUGGCGAAAUCUCCAUAUCGGACUUGACAUCCCAAUUUGAUUUGCCAUCCGAGUUUCUUCAACACAAUGUGAUGGAGAAGCAUUUGGGCAAGACUAUCAAGGGUCGCCAGGACGCCACCAACCCGCGCGUGUUCUUUACCCAAGCGUACAUUCAACGCUGCAAAGCAAAAAUACGCGGCGCCCUAGCAGCCAUCACCAAACCCACAAAUGUGUCCGUGAUCUUGCAGCAGAUCAAUGUGCAGGAGAAAAUCUUUCACUCGCUGUUAGAUGAGAUUAUGCCCGCUGGUCAGGUGACAUCGAAGCAGGCCAACGCCCAAUAUGUGCCGCACAUUUAUGCAAAGACGCAAGCGGAGUGGGUCAACUCGUUCUACAAACAGAAUAGCUUCCUGGAAUACGAGGCCAUCAAUAAGCUGGGCAUAUCCGAUGCCAAAGCCUAUAUUCGCAAACAGUUCCCCAACGAGCAGUUCCUGUUCUUGAAGCGUGUGGCACUCGGUGCACAUCUCAUAGAGCUUACAGUUGUAUCUGCUUUGAAUGAGUGCAGUGCAACGAAGCAAUAUCUUGAUUUGGCUACCAUCUUGCCAUCGAAUUUGUCAGAGGAAGACAUCGAGGAAGCCUUCGAGGCUGUGAUGGCCCAGAAGCACUGCAAUCCCAGCCAUUUUGUUUACCUGCAGAGCAUUGUCUUCUCACAGGCAUAUCUUACUCAAUUGAUACAACCUUGUCACGACAUGGCCCACGCCCUGGCCAAAGCAGCCAUCGACAGCGGUGCCUAUCAGCAAUAUAUUGUGGAAAAGACGCUGGCGCAGAAGGGCAGCAAUUCGAGCGCCAACUUCGAUGCGGAUGACGAUGGUAAAGUGGACAAACGAGAUGAGCGCCGGAAGAAAGCCGCCUCUGGAAAGGCGGGUGGCGGUGCGCAGGGAAGGGAGACGAAAACCAAGUCAACCAAGAAGCAUCAGCGGGGCCGCGCGGCUGCUCACAAUCAUGACAGUGACGAUGAUGAGGAGACAACUCAACAAUCUGCGGGCAGCUCGCGAAAGUCCGUCAAGCCAUUAGAAUUGGUUAAGAGUUCAGAUAUCAUAAACCGAAUCAAAAGUACGCUGGAGGAAGAGGGACUCGAACAUCUUGCCAAGCCAAUUGCAGGACUCUUCGUGAACCAAUUGAAUCAGGCUGCUUUAGCUAAGGCGCAGGAACUGUAUGAGGCAACACCCCAAACGAAUCGACGCCAGACUCAUGCCGCCAUUCAGGAACGCGUGAACACGUUACUAGUGGAUCUACGCCUCUAUGAGAAGGGUAUAAAGCUAUUCAAUACAGAGACCCAAGCGCAACUAAUCAAGUACUUGCUCAAGUCCUUGGGCAACGACAUUUGCAACGAACUGACCCUCUAUGUGGCAGCCGAAUGCAGUUUGUCUGUCAAGAUGACCAAUCUAAACGUCGAUCAACGUAUCAAACUAAUACAAGAGUGUGAUGCACAGUAUCGCAAUGCUCUACUUGAACAAAACAAAGCGCUGAACAAGAGCAUAGAAGACUUUGAACUGGCUACGGAGGCGGUGCUAAAAACCUGCAGCAUGAUCAUUAAAAAGGCCGACAAGAAAAAGGAUCGCGCACUGAUUGUCAGUCACAAGGAGAAGCUCAUGCAACAGCUAUCAGAAUGCCGUGAACCCGCUCUCUUACUUCACCUUGCUGCACUGAUACUCUUCACCACAAUUACAGGCUGCAUUUUGCACGCGUCCGGCAAAUUUGUUUCGACCAUUCUGCAACACAUUCGACCGACUCUAAAUGAGUCACAAAAUGCGCUCCUUCUGCGUUAUCAUGAUCUUGUUUUGCAAAUGCUGCAACAAGGCACUACGGACAGUCCAGAAUCCAAAUCCCUCAGCGAACAAUUGCAAACGCUGCAAGCGGAAGUUGUGGAUCUCGCCCAGAACUUUUCCCGCGUUUCGGUAUCCAAGGCUGAUUAACCUUUUAUUCGAUAAACUA